GCGUGCAUGUACUGCGCUUGUUUGUUAUCACCUCACGUAUCCCGAAAUUAAAUUUAAUUGGAGAAUUUUUACGUUUCGUCACUUUUAAUAUCUCAAAAGUAGGAAAUUGCCGCUGUUGCUUGAUUGCAGAUGCUAACAUUGUUCCGUCGUAUCGCAGUCUGCGCGAAUUAUACUGCUGGUAACGUUCUAUUGAAGUUGCAUACUUACCCGUAUUACACGGUGUCCCGGCCACGAGCUUUAAGUUUUCUCAACCAAAUGGCCGAAGCAGUAGAACAGAAAAUCGCCGAAAAUAAGAACCGUGGCGAGGAACGAUAUCGUCAAAAACGGCAAGGAUACGAUGCACAGAAGCCCCGUUACAAUGGGAUUGUCAAAAAACGCAAAUGGGAGGAUCCUCCAUCCGAUCCGGAGGCGGUCAAAGAUUUCGACCCUGCCUCGCGGGUGAAAAAGCGGAAAUGUAUCAUUCUAAUGGGCUAUUCAGGUGUGGAUUACCUUGGAAUGCAACGGAAUCCUGGUACAAAAACAAUCGAGGAAGACCUACUUGCGGCAAUGCUGAAGCACGGUUGGAUUAGUGACGAAGCCUUUAAGCAACCGCAGCAGGUUCAGUUUCAGCGAGCUGCUCGCACCGACAAGGGUGUCUCGGCGGCAACGCAAGUGGUAUCUAUCAAAUUGCCGGAGAAUUUGAAUAUUGAUGCGUUGAAUGAGGAUUUGCCUGCACAAAUUCGGGUUUUUGCAAUCAAACGUGUGACGAAGGGAUUUAAUUCAAAAUCUAACUGCGAUGCCCGGACAUACACUUAUACUUUACCAACGGUGGCUUUUGCCUUGCACGGUGAGACGGUAGAUAUUUCAAAUUAUAGGCUCCCGGAGGAGCGCCUUAAAAAAGUUAACGAUACUUUGAAGCUCUUCGAGGGAACCAAGAAUUUUCACAACUUUACAAGUCGAAAAGAAUUUAUCGAUCCUUCGGCGAAGCGAUUCAUUAUGUCCUUUGAGUGCGACACACCUUUUGUGCCAGAAGGUUCCACUGUUGAAUUUGCUACCAUUAAAAUCAAAGGCCAAAGUUUUAUGCUUCAUCAGAUCCGAAAAAUGGUCGGUUUAACGCUGGCUGUAGUGCGUGGAGUAACUCCCGCCGAGACGAUUAUCAAAGCAUUUGACGAAGUACGUUAUGGUGUUCCCACGGCUCCAGGGCUUGGGCUAGUGUUAAGCCGGAUUCACUAUGAAAAAUACAAUGCUCGCUACGGACAAGAUGGGUGCCACGAAGUGCUGGAUUUUCAGAAGGAAGAUGAUCUGAUUCAGGAAUUCUUUCGGAAGCACAUUGCUUCCACCAUCGUGGAGACGGAACUGCAGACAAACUCAAUGGUGGAAUGGAUUGAAACACUGCCCUUGCACAGCUAUGAACCACGAGAGGAUAAUGAAUCGCGAGAAAUGAAAGGUAAGCGAAAAUCGAACGAUGAUGAUGAGGAUGACGAUGAGUAAUUUUUUCUACAAUAUUUCGGAUAAAAGGUUGGUAGUCCAUUAAAGUAA